CACUAAGCUGUGCAGUCACAGAAGGAACACAGAGCCUGAGUGUGAAGAGACAGAGGGGAGAGUGUCAAGGGAAACUUGGGGCCAGUGGAAGAAGGGGGAGAAGGGUGGGAGCAGAGGUGCUCAGGGCCAUGGCUGAGGCCAUCACCUAUGCAGACCUGCGGUUUGUGAAGGCUCCCCUGAAGAAGAGCAUCUCCAGCCGGUUAGGACAGGACCCAGAGGCUGAUGAAGAUGAGGAACUCACCUACGAGAAUGUACAAGUGCCUUCAGUCUCAGGUGGGCCCUUGAGCUUGGCCUCUUCUGGAGUAGGGAACAAAGCAGGGCUCCAGUCGGAGCAGCCAACUGCGUCCUGGAGCUCCGUGGCGUCACCAGCUGCCGGGAAGAUUCUCACCGGCCGCGCAUCCUGCACGCAGUACGUCUUUCUUGGCCUGCUCCUCACCUGCCUGCUGUUAGGGGUGGCCGCCAUCUGCCUGGGAGUGCGCUAUCUGCAGGUGUCUCAGCAGCUUCAGCAGAUGAACAGUGUUCUGAAAACCACUAACAGCAGCCUGAGGCAGCAGCUCCACCUAACGAUAACCCAGCUGGGGGAAAGGGAAGAGGAUAUGCUGGGGUCCAGGAGGGAACUGGCCCUGAGUCAGGAAGCACUACAGGAGGAACAGAGAGUUCACCAAGCCACCCAAGAGCAGUUACAGGCCUGCCAGUCUGACAGGGAGAAGACAAAGCAGGCCUUGCAAAGUGAGGAGGUGCAGAGGACGAUCUUGGAGCAGAGGCUGAGCAGGAUGCAGGACACAAUGAAGCCCUUGUUCACAUGCACCGCGUCAGAUACCUGCUGUCCCUCAGGAUGGAUACUGAACGAGAAGAGUUGCUUUUACAUCUCACUCACUGCGAGAACCUGGGAUGAGAGCCAAAACCACUGUAAAUCUUUGUCCUCUGACCUGGCCACAUUCAGUGGCUAUUAUUAUUCAAUUAAUCAUCCCACCAGCAUAAGGAAGAUAUUGAUGGAAAUUAGUUCACCUGGUUCACUUUGGGUUAAGUCAUGGCAGCAUGCUGAUAGUAAAAGAUCUUAUGGGUCUUAUGGUCAAGGCUCAAGAUGUUCCAAGGUACAAACCAGUUGGCCAAUGCUGCGGCAGGAGGACUGCACUUCUCGUCUUCCCUGCAUCUGUGAGAUGGCAGUUUUCAGGAAUCCAGAUGGGGAGUACUCUUUGCCCUGAGUUGAGUACGCGUGACAAGAGCCUGUGCCCCUCACCUGUAACUGCAGCCUGCAGGCCCUAAGAUCAUCUUCCUCCAGUGUUCUCACUCUGCCUGGGCAAUGCCCAGCCAGGGGCUGAUCCACGCCCAACACUUCUAGCCAGCCUGCUGCCUGCUUGAAAUCCUGUCCCAGAAACUGGACUAUUCCUGGGAAAGCGGGUGAAGAAGUCUCUAGAUUUUGGCCUCCCCAAGAACUUCCCAGAGUGGAAUGGGGGGGUGAGUGGGUAGGAGGGCGCAUGGGCUGAGUGGAUAGGGGCAGCCCGGAGCCAGCCAGGCAGUUUUAUUGAAAUAUUUUUAAAUAAUUUGCACGUGUUAAUCUCA